GGCGCGCCUGGCCCGGGCGCUGCCGGCGGGUCGGCGGCCGCAUGAGCCGCGCGCGGGGGGCGCUGUGCCGGGCCUGCCUCGCGCUGGCCGCCGCCCUGGCCGCGCUGCUGCUGCUGCCGCUGCCGCUGCCCCGCGCGCCCGCCCCGGCCCGCGCCCCCACGUCGACGCCCGCCCCCGGCCCCCGCGCGCCCCGCCUGCGGCCCGAGGAGGUCUUCAUUGCCGUCAAGACGACGCGCAGGAACCACGGGCCGCGCCUGCGGCUGCUGCUGCGCACCUGGAUCUCCCGCGCCCGCCCGCAGACCUUCAUCUUCACCGAUGGGGACGACCGGGACCUGCAGCUCCAGGCGGGCAGCCACGUGGUCAACACCAACUGCUCGGCCGCGCACACCCGCCAGGCGCUGUGCUGCAAGAUGGCGGUGGAGUACGACCAGUUCAUCGAGUCCGGACGCAAGUGGUUCUGCCACGUGGACGACGACAACUACGUGAACCCCAAAGGCCUGAUGCAGCUGCUGUCCACCUUCUCGCCCAGCCAGGACGUCUACCUGGGGCGGCCCAGCCUGGACCACCCCAUCGAGGCCACUGAGAGGGUCCAAGGAGGGGGAACUGUGACCACGGUCAAGUUCUGGUUCGCGACCGGUGGGGCCGGGUUCUGCCUCAGCAGAGGCCUUGCCCUCAAGAUGAGCCCGUGGGCCAGCCUGGGAAGCUUCAUGAGCACGGCCGAGCGGGUGCGGCUGCCAGACGACUGCACGGUGGGCUACAUCGUGGAGGGGCUGCUGGGCGCCCGCCUGCGGCACAGCCCGCUGUUCCACUCCCACCUGGAGGACCUGCGGAGGCUGCCGCCGCACUCGGUGCUCCAGCAGGUGACCUUGAGCUACGGGGGUCCUGAGAACCCACGGAACGUGGUGAACGUGGCCGGAGGCUUCAGCCUGCAGCAGGACCCCACGCGGUUUAAGUCCGUCCACUGCCUCCUCUACCCAGACACGGACUGGUGUCCUGUGACCUCACCUCUCAGUGACCCUUGACCCCGACCCAGGGGGUGGCUCUUGGAUGAAGCCUGCCCGCUCCUGGCCUCGGUUGACUCCCUGUAGCUGCACUGCAGGCCCAGGUGACCAGGCCCUGAGGAGUGGGCUCCAGGCCAGGGUCCUGUGUGGGGUCCCCGAGGCUUUCCCGGCAGGGUUCCUGGGGGAAGGGCCCUCCCUGUACCUGGCUCUGUGCCCCAGGGCAUCUCGGCUCCGAGGCAGUGGCACUCGAGGGCUGAGGCCCAGCCAGCCGUGCUCUGGGCGUCUCCACAUGGAGGCCACGUGUUGGGGGACCCCGUGGGCAGGCCCCUCUCGGGUUCCUCAGCCAGACUCCUUCCUGGGGACCUUGAAGAGCCCCCUCCACUCUGCCUCAGCCCUCAGUCCUGGUCUCUCCCGGCUCCGAGUCCGGGAGACAGGAGCCUUUUGUGGGGCGCCCCUUCGGCGGGACCCCUCCGCUGCGCUGCCCACCUGCCUGUGCCUUCCCGGGAGGUGCCGGGAGCAGCUCGCCGCCCUCCUGCCUCUGCUGUGCUGUUGCCAGAAGCGGAUAAAAGUUUGAUUGUUACUUUC